CCAUUUCUCGGAUUCACAGAAGUGGAAAUAAAUAAUCUCUCUCUGUCUCUCUUUCUCUUAGCUGAAGAUUUGCUGUCCAUAAAGCUCCUUUCAUGGCGGAGAAGCGAAUAUCGAUGGCGAGUUGAAGCUGUUCUCUGUCUGUGUUCUGCUGAAGAUUGGCUGUCGUAGAGCUCCUUUCAUGGCGAUUUGAAGCUAUGGAAUAUUUGUUGCCUUGCCUGGAUAAUUUAUUUUGAAGCAGCUGAGCAAGAAACAAAUCCAGAGUGGUGAAAGUGCAAGCAGUUUCCUCUUUUUUUUUUUUAACAGAAAUCUGGUUCUGUUUGAUCCGAGUUGAGAUUGUUGAACUUCUUUUUCUUCGAUUAUGUAUAGCUCAGCCUCAGAGGCGGUUCCAAGAGAUAUGAAGAGCAGUUAUUUGUUGUCUUCUACUUUUAAUCACUCAUUGGGAGAAGGAGAGUUCGUGAAGAAUAAAGAGGUGAGGAAUUUGGAUAUUUAUCAUAAUGAUCAGCAGCAGCAACAGCAAAGCUCGGGGCUAAUGCGGUAUCGAUCAGCUCCGAGCUCCUUCUUUGCUGCUCUAAUGGACAAUAGUAGUGGUGGUGAUGGCGGCGGCGGCGGCGGUGGUCGUGGUGGUGAGGAUUAUUUCAACCAUCAACUUGAGAGGAGUCCUGAAUCUGAAUCUGAAUCUAUGUUCGCAACGCCACCACCGCCGAUUCAGGGUAAUGGUUCUGGAAAUUGGGAUUCAAAUCUACACUUUUCCUCGUCUAUGAUGAAGCAGGAAGUUAAGGAUUUAUCUUGUCCACAUCCGAAUAAUGAAUAUUCUUCAGCGGUUUCGCAGUUGAUUUACGAAACAAGUCCUCCUCCGCCGCCGCCGCCGGUGAACUCUGCCUCUGGUGUUGGAUCUUACUCUGUUGUGGCCAUGGAAAAUCCAACGCAACUGAGGACCAGUAAUGCUAACUGCUCCAAUCUUAUCAGGCAGAGUAGCUCUCCAGCUGAAUUUUUCUCUGGAUUUUCUGUAUCUAGAGCUAGUAAUGGAACCUAUAGAGAAAUGAAUUCUUCAACUGGCAUGUUGAAUAAUCAUUUCAGCUUCCCAUCUGGGCCAUCUUCUUGCUCAAGGUUCAUGCCUCAGAUUGCUGAAAAUGUGUCUGAACGCAUAGGGACAGGUAGUCCUGAAAAUGAUAACACCACCAAUGGAUGCUAUGUCCCCAGCUUUUCAAAUGAUUCUUGGAAUGAUUCGAUGUUUACUAGCUUAAAAAGAAACAGGGAUGGUGAUGUGAAAAUGUUUCCUAGCUUGACUGCAUUGGAAUCUCAGAAUGGAAGCUCUAGAAAUUACACUCCUGGUUUAACUCACCAUUUGAGCUUGCCAAAAACUUCUGCUGAGAUGGCUGCCAUUGAAAAGGUUUUGCAGUUCCAACAAGAUUCUACACCUUGUAAGAUCCGUGCCAAAAGGGGUUUCGCCACUCACCCACGAAGCAUUGCAGAAAGGAAUAGAAGAAUACGGAUCAGUGAAAGAAUGAGAAGGCUACAAGAGCUUUUCCCAAACAUGGACAAGCAAACAAAUACAGCAGAUAUGUUAGAUUUGGCAGUUGAGCACAUCAAAGACCUUCAGGAACAAGUCCAGACAUUGACAGAUACUCGGGCAAAGUGCACAUGUUCGAGUGAACAGAAAUAAAUUUCAAAUCCUACGACAACUGGCUUUCUGUGCAGAAAAUAAUAGGCAGAGAAAGGAAGAAUGGGAAAAGAAAGCAACGGUUAGUUUUCUAUUUCAAUGCACUGGAUUACAGAAUGUGGGCAUUGUGUAGCCACAGUAGUUUUACUCACCGUAAAAUCCAUAUUGGAGAGGUUAAUUAUCCUAUUGAUUACUCUUAUUUGAACAACAGAUGCUCAAAUUUUCCUUGUAGAUUAUGUAAUUGACUGUUUAUUUGUGCCGUCCAACCAAUUAUUCCAAAUUAACCCCCUAUUGGAGAGCCUGGGAGGUCACACUCACAAGGUCAAACCCACCCAUGACAUUAAUCCAAAAAUUGUAACCCUUGGGAGUAUAUCAUGACGAGGGUUUAGAAACUUCUGUUGAUAUAAAGAUGAUCUUGGUAUUGUGGUGAUGGAUGGCUUCUUUGUUUUGGAAGCUUAGUUUCAUCAAAAUUUCACCAGUGAAAUGAAAUAAAUUCGAUGCUCAAUCACAGCUCUCUGAAUCCAAUUUCAUUUUGUUUUCCGUACAGCUGACAGGAAAUUUCAACUAGAUACUUAUUUGAUUAUGAGUCAUGAAAGUUGUUGUAACAUGUUUAAGAUUCAAGUCUCUUUAUAUGGUUAUUUAAAGACCUUCCUUUUUUGGC